AAAAAAAAAAAGAAAAAGAAAAAGAAGGAAAGAAUCCUGCAGCUCAAAUACGAAGCUAAGAAGAAGUGAGAUCACACGUUCCCCCUCUUUGUUUCUCUCUCUCUUUCUACGUAUCUAUAGAGAGAAGAAAUUAAUGGAGGUGUUUGUAGAAGCUGAUAUGGUAUACAACCCAAUAUUUCUCAUAUAAAUGUCUCCCAUCUCUCUUCUCUCCAUUAAUUGAACCAACCCAACUUGGCCUUUUCCAAAAAAAAAAAAAAAAAAAAAAAUUGUGCUUCUACAAGUGAACCCACGAAAAGAAAAAAAAAAGAAAAAAAAGGGAAAACCCAAUCCAUAUAUUCAAUCCCACUUCCAUUAACAAGACAAGAUUCCAGCCGCACACGGCGGCGAUUGAAGCUCCGGCCACCAUGACAAGCAAUGGGAUGGCUUUUUUCCCAGCAAAUUUCAUGCUACAAACUUCCCAUGAAGAUCAUGAUCAUCAUCACCACUCUAAUUCUCCUCCAUCUCUCAACCCAAUUCUACCUUCUUGCACACCCCAAGAUUUUCAUGGAGUUGCAUCUUUUCUAGGAAAACGAUCUAUGUCAUUUUCAGGGGCGGAAAUGGUGGAAGAAGGUAAUAACGGUGAGGAUGAAUUUUCUGAUGAUGGGUCACAGGCAGGUGAGAAAAAGAGAAGACUUAACAUGGAGCAAGUGAAAACACUUGAGAAAAACUUCGAAUUGGGAAAUAAGCUUGAACCUGAGAGAAAAAUGCAGCUAGCUAGAGCCCUUGGUUUACAGCCAAGACAAAUUGCUAUUUGGUUUCAAAACAGAAGGGCUCGCUGGAAAACUAAGCAGCUUGAAAAAGACUAUGAUCUUCUCAAAAGACAAUUUGAAGCUAUCAAAUCAGAUAAUGAAGCCCUCAAAUCCCACAACCAAAAACUUCAAGCAGAGAUAAUGGCACUAAAAAGUAGAGAGCCAACAGAAUCAAUCAAUCUGAACAAAGAAACAGAGGGAUCUUGCAGUAACAGAAGUGAAAACAGCUCUGAUAAUAUAAAAUUAGACAUAUCAAGAACACCAGCCAUUGAUAGCCCUCAUCAGCAUCAGCAUCAACAUCCAACAAAUAGGCCUCUUUUUCCCACUUCUUCAUUAAGGCCACCAGCUUUGGCUCAACUCUUUCAAACUUCCUCAAGAUCAUCAGAUCAUCCACCUAAGCAAAUUGAUAACAAUCAUCAUCAAAUCCCCAAAGAAGAAAGCAGCAGUUUGUCCAAUAUGUUCUGUGGAAUGGAUGAUCAUUCUGGUUUCUGGCCUUGGUUGGAGCAACAACAUUUCAACUGAUAUCAUCUUCAUCAUCAUCAUCAUCAUCAUCAUCCAUAUCCAUCAAGUUCCCUACUUCUCUCUCUCUCUCUCUCUCUCUCUCUCUCCCCCCCCCCCCCCCCCCCCCCCCCCCCCCCAUAAUAUCAAAAAGAAAAAAAAUUAUAUAUUAAUAAUGUCAUAAUAUUAAUAUGUUUAAUUUAAUUGGAUUUUUCUCAGAGAAAUAUGAUCAAGACUUCUCCCUUCCACCCCCCUCCCCACAAUGAAUUUGCAAUUUGUCAUGAGUUUUCUUCUCCA